AUGGCGACCUGCUGCCCCUGGUGGCCCUGGUACCGUCGCCCCAGUACCGGUGCUGGUUCGCGGCGCAGCAGUGGCAGUUCCCCCCGGGAUGGCCAGAUGCUGGCUCUUUUCUGCCAUCCCAGGAAGGGCUCCCGACGCUUCAACCGUCAAAGUUUCUUGCAGCUGGGACACACCAAGAAGACCGAGGCGGCAGCGGCAACAGCGGUGAUGGUGUUGUCAUUGUCAUUGUCAUUACUGAACGGAACCUCGUUUGUUGGGAAGGUGCUGCGUGCUGUGUCUGCCACAAAGGAGGAGCCGCUGGCUGCCAUGUCUGAGUGGAUGGAGAAGACAGCAGAUCCGCAGGGGCAAUGGGGUACUUCAUCCACUGGCACUAGAGAGAUGGCCGUGUCCGGCUCGAGUCGUUCCAAUCACGGGCCUUGCCAUGGGCAUGUGUGCCAGCUCCACUAUCAUGGAGGCGGCUUAGUGGCAUACCAGUCCGAGAAUGGGAGGGUCACGAUCCAGUUCCGCACUGGGCCAUGUUUGAGAAUCGGCCAAGCAGUGGCAUUUUUCGUUCGGGAUGGAGCUGCGGUGGAAAUCACCAUCCUUGCGGUCAAGAAGGAAGCGGUCAUGGAACCGAUCAGCAGGACCGGCAGCGUUGCGGCGAUGGGGUCGAAACCUGGUGCCUUGCGGCACUCCAAACGGCUGCAGCGGGAGAUUGGACGGUUCCACAAUGCCACUGUGGAAGAACAGCUCAAGUGGAUUGACCAGGCUGAAGUGGAGCUGCACAGACUAUUGGAGGACGACGGCUUGGAAGGCGUUGCCGGCGAUCGGCUUUGCCGCCUGGUUCGUCGCGUGGCAGCCUGGCUUCAUCGUCCAGUAGCACAUGCAGCCGCGCAAGAUUCGGGGCCUGUGGAAGCUAAGGAUGACAGUGGACAGAAGGGCUCGCAAUUGCAGAAGCGAAUUCGUGGUGUUCUGAUCACGGCCCUGCAAAACAUUGAUUUGCAGGAUGAAAACACUCUGAACUGCCUGGAGAGCGCCUUGUCCUUCAUCCAGGGCUUACUUGACCAAGUUGAUCUUGUUUCUCCCACUGCGGCCACGCGGCAAUGGCGACAGCUUGCCUCACUCAUCCGGGGCGGGAAUCUCCGGGAAGAUGAUACGAAGACAUCAGGGCGCCAGAAGCGCGUACCACGUGCUGACUGCAGUGGAGUUUUGGAUGGUGCAUAUCAUCCAAACAAGAGGGUGAAAGGCUUCCCCACAGUUUUCCAAGGAGACAAUGCUAUUCAGUUGCAGUGCAGCUCCUGCCCAGCGACCAUAUCCAGCAGCUGGUUUUUCCGACACCCGGGCACUGGACAAGUCCAUGUUUUGGUUCCUGAAAAAGGGCACUAUGCGUGCAAGAAGAGGCUGGGAAACACAAGUCCCUGGAUUCCUGCCUCGGGUGUACCCUCAAAGCUUGACCGAUAUGAUUUUCUCAACUUUUGCCACCACAUGCGAGAAAGCCGCUAUUGCAAGCUUUGCGGUGGCAGAAACAUAUGCGAACAUCAAAAGAUACGGCACAGCUGUGGCACGUGCAGAAAAUUGGCACGACAGCGCGCAGAGGAAAA